UCUCUCUCUCUCUCUCUCUCUCUCUCUCUCUCUCUCUCUACUGUAUCUCCAUUUUCACCAUAAUAAAGUCACACACGAGCUAUUUUUUUCAAAAGAAAAAACGAAAAUGCUGGUUCAGAAUUAAACUAAAAUUUAAGAAAUUGAAGAUUUUUACCUUCACAUUGGCAGGAGGGGGCGAGGGUAUAUAUGAAAGAAGCCAAUCUGAAGAUUGUACUGUUUUGGUCAAGGAGGGAAGAUGGAAUCCAGUACGCUGCUUGAUUAUGCGGUGUUCCAGCUAUCACCAGAACGCUCUCGAUGUGAAUUGUUUGUUUCCAGUGAUGGAAACACGGAGAAACUGGCAUCAGGAUUAUUAAAGCCGUUUGUGACCCAUUUAAAAGUUGCGGAAGAACAAGCUGCAUUGGCAGUUCAGUCUAUCAAGCUUGAAGUUAAAGGGCGCAAAAAUUCUGAAACAUGGUUCACAAAGGGAACUCUAGGAAGGUUUGUGAGGUUUGUUAGCACACCAGAAGUUUUGGAGCUUGUCAAUAUCUUAGAUGUCGAAAUGUCUCAGCUUGAAGCUGCCAGAAGAAUAUAUUCCCCGGGAGAAGGAUAUCAGUUUAGUAGCACAGGAAGUGGUGGAUCUGGAGUUAUGGUAGCAGUUGAUGCAACAAAGAAGGAGUUACUGAGAGCUAUUGAUGUGAGGCUUACUGCAGUUCGACAGGACUUAACUUCAGCUUCUUCUCGUGCAGCAGCUGCUGGGUUCAAUCUAGACACAGUAUCAGAGCUUCAAAUGUUUGCAGACCAGUUUGGUGCCCAUCGCUUGAAGUAAGGAUCUCUUGAGCUUUUCUUUGUUCAUUAGCUCUUUCCAAACCUUCCUUCUCCCCCCAUGUCUAUCCUCUUGCAGAAGUUAGUCUUGGGUUCAAUAUAUCCCAAUAUCCAAAUUGUUGUAGUUUAAGCUUGUGUAGCAUCCAGUUCCAACUGUCUGUCUGCACAAUAAGUGCCCUCAUUCUCUUGCUGUGCCGUUGUGCUUAAAUUAGCUGGUUACUCAGAGAGAGAAUUGGAACUAUGAGGGCAAAUGCUGGUUUUGGUUUGUCAUUGGAGAAUGAUAAAUAAAUCCUUGAACUGGUCUAAGUGA